AUGAAUGAUCUGGAUCAUGAUAAUAGGAUUGAUGGUACAGAGAUUUUGAAAGCUUUGACACACACGCACGAAGGAGAUACAGGCCCUGGCGUUCCUAUACAAAAUGAAGAUGACAUCGUUUCUAUGGUGGAUGCUGUGCUACAGGACAUGGAUUUUAAUGGAGAUGGAUAUAUUGACUAUGCUGAGUACUUGAAAAGACAAAACACAUAA